GAACGUUUCAUUUCAAGAGUAGCGCACUAAAGUGAACUAAACAAUAUAAAUUAAAAUUAAAAAAAAAAAACAUAAAGGAAAACUGUUAACACCCAACAGUCUACUUUAAAAGGUGAAUAACGAAAUAGUUAUAACGGUGAGAGUUUAACGGUAGUUGUGUCUGAAAGUUUAAAAACAAAUUAUAUUUAAAAUUUGGUGAUUGAGAAUUUUUAAAACGGGUCUGCAUUAGCAUGCACAGCUACUUACAUAUAUCUUUAUGCGCAAAGGAUAAACAAAGAGUGGGGAGGAUAAUCUGAGAAUAAAAUGCUGCAAGAAUGUUCAGCGCGAAAAUUGCCUAAAUGCCUUUGCUCCAAUUAAAAUACUGAUUUGAACAUAAAACAUAAAAAACGCCUAAAUAAAACAAAUACCAAUAAAAGGCGAUCAUAAAAAAGAAAAACAAAAACUUUUUCGCUGCUGUUUUGAAGGCACAUUUGCUGAAUAAAUAUUUGUGAAGAAUUCAGCGGAAGAUUGGGCGUGAGCUCAGUCACCAGGAAGCAUCUAAUGGGAGCACGUACCAUUUCGUUGUCUGAACCGACAGCUGUUGUAAUUCCAUUGGGACACUACUCCUCCUACCGAAACACUAAAAAAGAAAAUUUCACUGAACUGUAAAGACAGAAAUUAAAAGAAUAAAUAAACACGUAAAAGUUGGCUUGGAAAUCUGAAAACCAUAACCAAAAUCACCAGUUGUGAAUAAUAAUAUUAAGUUACAAAUUACGGGAAAACACAUUGCGUGUACGCUUGACAGCCAUCGUUGUGUAAGUGCAUGUGUAUGCGUGUGCAUUUAAGCGUUACUUCCCACGCCAUAGUGCAAUUGUCAAGGAGAACGCUUCAACAUUGUUGCAAAUCAUCAAGAAUUUAUUCAAUUCGCCAACUGAGAACAAACAACGUAGUGCAAAAUUUUAAACCCCAAGGCACUAUUUAGUCGCGGAUUUUAUAGUGUUUUGUAAAAUGUAACUGUGACAUUUAUCUAGAUUUAAUACCGCACAACAAUAGCAGCAAGAAAAUAUUAAAAAAAAAUUAAGUUACAUACUAAUAUCACAUGUGUAAGCUGCAUUUCCAUAGCGACGACGAAAAAUCGGCCAAAGGCAUUUAACGUGGGAGCACAAAGAUUGCACGUGUAGAAGAAAGCGGCACUUUGUUUUCGUGUCGCACGGGCGCGCCCCAUUUGGAACGACGACAAACAGCAGCAGCUCCGUAAUUCCUUACGGGUAUCUACAACCCUCCAUAGGCACAUUGUAAACACUUCGCAAUUAAUUUGACGACACCCUACAGCUGCUCUUUAAGGACUGCAGACAGCAACUGUUACCGUUUAUAAUACCAUCGCAGCGAAACUUUUUAUCGGCAUAUCCAUUAUUCCGCCAAAAUGCGUGGCCGUCACCUACGAAGGCGCUUUAGCCUGCAACCGUCCUUUAUGAAGGACGAGAGUGCCGACGAGAAACCCAAACGCGACAAAGUUGGACGCAACAAUGCAGUGGAUGACGCCAUUGGACCGGCAAACGCGCGUCACAAAAUCGUUGUUAUGGGUGCGGCAAAAGUCGGCAAAACCUCCAUAAUCACACAAUUUCUAUACAACACAUUUAGCACCAAAUACAAAAGGACCAUCGAGGAAAUGCAUCAAGGCAACUUUUCAAUCGCCGGCGUUAGCCUGACGCUGGAUAUUCUAGAUACGGCCGGCUCCUAUGAGUUUCCAGCAAUGCGCGCCCUCUCCAUCUCAUCGGCGGAUGCAUUUAUUCUGGUAUAUGAUGUCACCGAAGCUUCCACAUUCGAGGAGGUUCGCAUGAUACGCGAUCAAAUACACGAGACCAAAGCAACCUCAGCUGUACCCAUUGUGGUUGUUGGCAAUAAAAUUGACCUAGUCGCCGAGAGAGAGGAUGCCAGAAAGGUUGAAUAUGCCACAACAGAAUCUGUGGUUACCUUAGACUGGGAAAAUGGUUUUGUCGAAGCCUCUGCAGCCAAAAAUGAAAACAUAACGCAGGUCUUCAAGGAGCUUCUGUCGCAGGCGAAAAUCACGUACAAUCUGAGUCCAGCACUACGACGCCGUCGACAAUCGUUGCCACAGCAAGUAGGCAAUAAUGGAGCAGGCACACCAACACAUCAUCAUCCACACUUAGCAAACACAUCGGCGGCGGGCAGCGCACAUGCAGCGACCUUGCCUUCGCAUGCCCCAACGGCGGCGCAAUUGCAACAUUUACAAAGGAUACAGGAACGCAGUUUGGGCAGCAAACGUAAUUCGUGUACCAUAUCCUAAAGUCAAUAAGCAUACACAUGAAGUGCACAUGCGCACACAUACAUCAGCAUUGCACAUAUUUCAAAUGGGAGCGAAUGCAAAUGCGAAAAGGCACGUAAUUUUUUAAUGCCCUUACUUAGUAAUGGAGGAAAUGCAUUAAUCUUGGCACCUGCUUUCAGGUAAAUUCUGCGGCAACUAACAAAUGUAAAUAUGCUGUUGUGUGCGCGUGCAUGUGUGCGUUAGUGCAUUUUCACUAAAAAUCAGAACUAAAAUAAAUAUAAGGGGAUAAAAUUCAACCUAAAAAGACAUACAUACAUAUGCACAUAGAUAUACUACAAACAUAGUGGAGCUUUCCUGUAAGUUCUUUGCAGCAAAUUUGACAAAACAAACAAGUAGAAAUUUAGAAGAGAUUUAUAAUCAUUUUAAGUUCUUCGACUUCCGACUGAAAUUAGGAAUCUAUGCAAUAACACUGCUGCAUUUUAGAAUCAAAAAAUUAAAUGGAAGUUGGUUUAAAAGUAUCAGAAAAUAAGUUUUUUUCUUCUUCAGGGGAAGUCAUUUUAGCACCUCAACCAAACGCAACUCACGAUUCAAGAUACAUACAUACAUUAUGAAUUUACGCUUCCUCCUUAAUCCGCAGAAAAUUUCCAUUUUCUGUGACCCCAAGUAAAAUUUGGCGCUUUGCAAUUUUGUGUAAUAUUUUAACCCUCUGUCAUUUUUUGAUAACUGGGUCUAAGAGACCCGUUCUGUUAAAAUCUAAAGUUUUACAAUGUUCUACAAAAAUGUUUUGCUUAAUUUUACCAAAGCGGUUUUAAGACAAGAACUAUAUUUGAAGUCAGUUUAUACUUAAAUGAGUUGUAUUAAAAUUGGAUUUUUGUCCAAAUGCGAAAGCAUUCACCCACUGCAAAAAAAAAAUGCUAACCAUUGGGAAUACAUAGUUUGCUUGAGACUCAAAAGUGGCUGCUCCUCUGAGUUAGAAUAUAAGGUGACCACCCUUUUUUAAGAUUGACGAACCCCACAAUACCCGGAGCUCCGCAAAUCAAGUUUUACAUUCCCUGUAACUAGCGUUACAGUGUUAGAAUAAAAUCGAUUACCAUGCAAAAAGUCGUAAAUUUUUCGUAAUUUGACUGCACUAGAUAUUUUAUACUCAGAAGUUUUUAAGAGAUUUACAAUUAACUUUUGCAAAUAACUAUACCUAUAUUUCGUACAGAUUCCUAAUCUUAGCUGAGCGACACAUACACUGUACUUUUUGGAACCGGCAACCGAAACUUGUGAAACGCGUCUUACUCAAUUGAAGAUUCAUGUUAAUCUUCUGAUUUAAUUUACAUACUCAUAAUUUUUUUCUUUUUGUUAUUUGGCACAGCAACAAAAA